UGAGUAAUGUCAAAUACUCGAAUAUCAGCUGUUCACAAGUAAUAAAAUGAAAAUUGACAUGUCCGUAAUUGAGUAGUAAACAUGUCUGUGAACGAAACCGGGGAAAAGCCACUCGAUACGAAUCAUUUAUUGACCCAGUUGCAGGUUGCACGAAGAGAAAUACACAACUUACGCCAACAACUACUUUCAUUCAACAAUGUACACAAAAAAGAAUGUGAAUUUAUCCACCAGAAAUUGAGAGACUGGCAGUGUUCUUCUUGUAAAGCGAAUCAGGCCCUCAAUGAACAAUCCCGAGCUUCAACUACUUUGCCUGUUCACGAUUUCCAAACAAAAUAUAUUGGGAGAAUUACUACUAACUUCCCUGAAAAACGAGGAACUCCCAGGCAACCUGGUAUAUGCAAUGACAUGAUUGCUAAAUUGACACUGGAUACCAACUACUUUAGCAACCCCUCCCAUGCUCUUGAAGGUUUGCAAGAGUUUUCUCACUUGUGGAUUAUCUUCCAUUUUCACAAAAAUGAAUCGAUUUAUGUUAAACCAAAAGUAGCCCCACCUAGGCUGAACGGAAUCAGGAUGGGAGUGUUUGCAACCAGGGCACCACAUCGACCUUGUCCUAUAGGGCUUUCGCUGGUUAAAAUAGACAGAAUUGUUGAUAAUGUAAUUUAUUUUAGUGGCGUUGAUAUGAUCAGCGAAACACCAGUUUUGGACAUAAAACCCUACAUCCCUCACUAUGACAAUCCGGGGUACGUAAAUGCCGACAACAAUACCUAUGUUGUUGAGAACUUUCCUGAUUCUCCAGACAAUUCUGGGGAUAUCAGUACAAGCGAAGCAAGUACUUCUGAUAACAUCGAGGGUGGUGAAGUUAGAGAAAAUUUGAAUACGAGGGUGCUAGAUGGUGAAGAAAACGAACCGCGGGAUCCAGUGUUAGGGACACCUUUACCUAGUGAUAUUAAUCUAAGGACUGAAGAAACCUUUCACGUCAGAUCAAAUUCAACAAUGGGUGAAAGAGAAGCUCCUGAUGGAGAAGAGGAAGAACCUGCUGGGAACCAACCAGUAACUGCUGGGUUAUCAACUGCAAGCACUCCAGAAGGGCAUAUUAGAGUGCCGCCCUGGAUAGAUCAACCCCUAGUCCCUAGGUUGACGGUUAUAUUUAAAGAAAGGGCCACAACACAGCUGAGCCAAUUGGGCGCUGAGGGAGAAGAAAAGAAAACCGCAAUAGCAAAUGUUCUUAGAGAAGAUCCGAGAUCAGUGUACUUGAGGGGAAGAUAUGGCAGCCACUGCUACAACUUCAGGAUAGCAGAAUUGUACGUUACAUGUAAAUUUAAUGACAAUUCCAAAUCUGUCACAGUAUACCAGAUAUCCCGAAACGGUAAUGGAGACGAUGAAGAUUGAACAGAUCUGUAUUAAUGUAAGAUUCAUAUCAGUCCACAGAUUUGGCAGCCAUUUGUUCGAUGAGUUUUAUCAAUGAUUUUAUAGCGAAUUUAUUUUUUUUAUUGUUUGAAUAAUUUUAUUACCUAUAUUUGCCGGUCCUGAGACCACUACUGAAACAAAUGAAUAGUAAACGUUUUAAGUAAAA